CGAUUCAGCGAUGCGUAUAUUCAACAUUUUUUAUUUAUUACUACUGUCCAUUCAUCUACGAACUGUAUUCUCUGACAGCGAUUUUGAUUUCCAAGCAUUCCUGGAAGGCUUUAGCAGUCCACCAGUAACCACUGAAGUCUCUAUAGAAGAUUACUGCCGUCUAAAGUAUGAUGAACAGCCAACUUGUAAGACUUGCAUCGAUAAAGGCAGUCAAUGCUUUUGGUGUGAAUCCACAAAGAAAUGUGCCAGAUAUGAAUGGUACUUCCCAAAUUGUCCAUUAAAUCAAGUUAACCAUGAUAACUGUUGGGUGAACUUAGCUGCUCUUGUUAUAACCCUAUGUAUCAUCGGUGGAAUCCUGUUAGUCAUCCUCUUAUCCUGCCUUGGUUACAUUUGCCUCCGUUGUAAACGAUGUCGAAAAGCAAGAAGGCAGAGGAGAGCUGACAAAGAAAACGCAAAAAGGGCAGCUCGAGAAGCUGAAAUACAACAACGACAGGAACAACGAAGAGCCGAACGAAAAGCUCAGAGCGACUACUACCGGCAAAAAUACGGAAUCUCGGAACCGAAAUCACUAAAGGACCCAACAAGCUGAAA